ACGCAACUUUCAUAAGCCGGGCAGACAAUAAAAUAAGAGCACAAGUCGGUCAAGGGUGUUAUUACUGACACUUGUUAUUUUGUUGUUUAUUCUUUUAAAGAAAAAUAAUAAGUUUAGACUUGUUUUUUUUCCCCCCACGGGGUGGCAGGGGGGGUAAUGUUUACACAAUGCGAAAUGACUGCCGCAGCUGUCAAAGCGAAACCGCGUCGAAAUGAUUAGACAGCGAGCGGGUUGAACUUCGACAGUGAAGCGCGCCGCGGACCGGGCUGCAGAAUCGCUCUCGCAACAGGACCGCUUCGCGUUAUAAUUUGUGUCUGGCGGUUAACGUGCACCCACUGACGCAGUUCUUGCAUGCAUCGAAACGGGUUUAUUUUGGGUUUUUGUUUUUAAUUAGUUUGCGGUUGCUGUAUUACUUUAAUCCCCGGGUAUUGUCGUGUUGCCAUGGAGUGCUGCUGCACUUUUAUGACCGUUUCCGCGGUUCUCGGCGGAGUCCUUCUCUUCGCAGCUUACAAACUUGGCUUGAUCUACCAGACCUUUCACAAGGCGGAGUCAAAGAGCCCUCGGCACGGCGGGGAGGCUGUGGCAGAAGUGCUGCUCGCUCACGGGGUCAAGUAUGUCUUCACGCUGGUCGGGGGUCACAUCUCGCCCAUCCUGGUGGCCUGUGAGAAGCUGGGGAUCCGCAUCGUGGACACGCGCCACGAGGCCACAGCCGUCUUUGCUGCCGACGCUGUCGCCAGGCUGUCAGGUACAGUUGGGGUUGCCGCGGUGACAGCAGGACCCGGUCUAACCAACACCGUCACGGCUGUCAAGAACGCACAGAUGGCGGAGUCCCCCCUGCUGCUGAUAGGGGGCGCUGCAGCUACCUUGCUUCAGGGUCGGGGUGCACUUCAGGACAUCGACCAGCUAUCUCUGUUCAGACCGCUGUGCAAGUUCUGCGCCUCGGUGAGAACGGUACGAGAGAUCGUCCCCGUGCUGCGGAAAGCCCUAGCGGCUGCACAGUCCGGGACCCCAGGCCCUGUGUUCGUGGAGUUCCCUAUCGACACACUGUAUCCAUACCACAUAGUGGAGAAAGAGGUGGCCCCCAAAACUGCUCCCAAGGGACUGAUGGGGAAAGUUAUAAACUGGUACCUUCAGAAUCAUUUACGCAACAUUUUUGCAGGAGCCUGGGAGACAAGGGAGCUGUCACCUCUCCCUGUGCAGAUUCCUCUAGCCACCCAGCAGCAGGUCCAGCAGUGUGUGGAGCUGGUCAGCAGGGCAAAGAAGCCGGUCAUCCUGCUGGGCAGCCAGGCCACCCUGCCCCCGACGCCAGUGGACAAAACCAGGGCGGCACUAGAGUCUCUGGGGAUCCCCUGUUUCCUCGGAGGGAUGGCCCGGGGAAUGUUGGGUAGGGAGAGCGCACUUCACAUCCGACAGAACCGGAGAGAAGCGCUGAAGGAGGCCGAUCUGGUCAUCCUGGCAGGUACGGUGUGUGAUUUCCGACUGGGAUACGGCCAGGUUCUGAGCCGUCGCAGCAAGGUGAUCGCUGUGAACCGGGAUCGCUCCCAGCUCAUGAAGAACUCCGACAUGUUCUGGAAACCCACCAUCGCCGUUCAGGGUGAUGCUGGCUCCUUCCUGUUGUGCCUCUCUGAGGGACUGAAGGGGUAUCGCUGUCCCCAGGACUGGCCCGAGAGCCUCAAAGAAGGGGACAAAGCCAAGGAGAAGGCAAACGCAGCGAAGGCUGCUGAGAAGACAGAGAGACACCUGAACCCCCUUCGCGUUCUUCACUGCGUGGAGGAGAUCAUGUCCGAGGACAGCAUCAUUGUGGCGGACGGCGGCGACUUUGUGGGCAGCGCUGCCUACAUCUUGAAACCACGGGGUCCGCUACGCUGGCUGGACCCAGGUGCGUUCGGGACCCUUGGAGUCGGCGGGGGAUUUGCAUUGGGAGCGAAACUCUGCAGACCAGAGUCAGAGGUGUGGAUUAUUUAUGGCGAUGGGUCUCUUGGAUACAGCGUGGCUGAAUUUGACACCUUUACACGCCACAAGACGCCAGUGAUUGCCCUGGUGGGUAAUGAUGCCUGCUGGAGCCAGAUCUCAAGAGAGCAGGUCCCCAUGCUGGGCAGCAAUGUGGCCUGUGGGCUGGCAUUCACAGAUUACCACGUCGUAGCGGACGGCUACGGAGGGAAGGGCUACCUGAUCAGCCGCGAGGACGGAGAGAAGCUGGACGAGAUCCUUCAGAGCGCUCGGGAACAGAGCCGACAGGGCCGGGCCACUCUGCUUAACGUCCUGAUCGGAAAAACCAACUUCAGAGAGGGCUCCAUCUCGGUCUGACGGCGCUCCGCAGCACGCCUGCUCUCGUUCUGCUUGGGUUUGGUUUUGCUGUGUUCGUUCUAUCGAAAUGGCCGUUCUGCCGCUGUAGUGCACGGGGUGCUGCCAGGCACCCGGGUGGUUUUGAAUGCCAUCUCUACGGCCGCAGAUCAACGUGCCGUGGGUAACUCCUAGAAUUCCUUUUCCAAGUAAGACUGGCAUCUGCUGCAGAUCAGACUCCUGCUUUAUUGUAUGUAAUAUGUAACCCCCAGCAGGACGACCACAAUAAAGCUGCCGCCUCCAAGGUUUUAAAACUCAUUUACCCUGCCGUGCGUUAGCUGCUGUACCGUUUUCACUGCUCCCCUCAUCGUUGUGCAGUUGAACUGUGCAUAGAAUGCCCCCCUCCUAAGAAAGCGCCCUUUUAGUUAACUUCACAAAUCUCUUUAAUUGAUCUAAACAUUGCCACUGGAUAGAUUAUUCAAGGCUUCAGUUAUAAAAA